CUCCAGAAAUCCCUUCUCUCCUCCUCUCUGCUUAGAUCCCUCCUUUUCCUACCAGAAACCCAGAGGGGGGCCACUGUGCUCCGGCGCCCCCCCCCCUUCCAGCAGUUCUGCAACACCCUUUGCCAGCUGGGUCUGCCCCCCCUCAACCGCAGUAAUGCCUUGCAGCGUAACCUUGCUCUUGGUGGCAGCAACGUGGGCUGUGGCGUCCCCUGCCGAUGGAUGCAAUAAGGCGCUUUGUGCUAGCGACGUCAGUAAGUGCCUGUUGCAGGAAGUGUGCCAGUGUGAAGCGAACCACGCUGGCUGUCCGUGCUGUCAGGAGUGUGCCUUUUGCCUGGGGAAUUUGUGGGAGUCCUGCUGCGACUGUGUGGGGCUCUGUGAUGAACGUCCUGCAUCAGCCCCCCGUUCUGCCCAACGAAGCUCCAUGCACAACCUGAUGUCCCCCGUCCCCUCGCUCUUUCGGGCACUCAUGGCCAUCUCCGACAAUGACCCCCCUGUGGGAUGGAGCGUCCUGACCCUGCCAGUGGAAGAGGAACUGCGGCAGAACCACGCAGACACGAGCCACCUGUUGCUGGGGCCGCACACAGGAUUGGCCCCUAUAGACACCAAGGGCCUCAAUGUGACGACGCCACCCUGCCAGGCCAUCUUCUUCAAUGAGUGCCUGUCCAUGAGCCGAUGCCGUGCGGCCUGCCAGUCGGUUGGGGCCUGGCGUUACCGCUGGUUCCACAAUGCCUGCUGCCAGUGCUUGGGGCCGGACUGCCGGGGCUACGGAGGAGCUCGAGCGCAGUGUUCCAACUGCCGGGAAUAAACCUGGGGGAUCCCCCCCAACCCCCCCCCACACACACAUGCUGUCUGCACAGGUUGACCUUUUCCUCUCGGUCCCCGUCUAGCACAACUCUUCUCUCUCUGUGCUCCUUCCUCAUUUUAACCCGUUAUUCAGUCUCUCUAUACACGACAUCUGACCCUUGAAGAACACGUCGAGAGAUGCAAUAUUAACUGGGAAGGGUAGUUUAAAAAGACAGAGCUGGCGGCAGGACAAAGGCUUUGCUAUACACUGGAGCUGUAUGAAGGGCCUGUGAAUUGCCAGACGGGAAACUUCAGCCCGUUAUAACUUCUCCAGGGCCAAGCCUGGCUCUCUGGAAGGCAGCUCCAGCCCAUUUCCAUUCCUUGCUGCCCUCUAGUUGAGAUCCCACUAGAGAGGUGAAUUUGACAGAGCCUUCAGGGAGAUGAAGAGGAAAUUAACAAACCCUCUGAGGAGUGAUCUCUGCUGGCUCUGUCUUUUUAAACUAUGCUUCCUGGCUAACACUGCAUCUCCCUACACUUGACGAACACGAGCCGAGGUGUCUUGUGUAGAAAGACUCUGAGUGAGUGAAAGAGUCUUUGUCAAUCCCUUUGGUCACACAAGCAUCACUUCAUCUCUUUCCCUUGCAUUGAUUCAUAAACUACAGCUGUGGCUACCCACAUCUUCCCUCUUCCCUUGAUCACUCCACUAUUAUUUGCCCCUUCUUUUGUCUUUAGUUCAGCAAGAGCCUUUUGCUGCUCUGCACUGGGAAAAGAGAAAGCAUCCAACGGCUGCCCCUUGCCAAGAACUGUCCUGGACAGCCACCUACAGCUGCCCGGCAUCUCCUUUCCCAGAUAUUCCCUGUGCUUUCCUAUCGUCCCCAGACCCAUCGCUUGGACCUACACACCAACUUUGUAGCAAUCAUUUUUCCUGUAGUACUUGCAUUUCUAUACCCUAUUGCAUUGUUCAUUGAAAAGUCCUUGAAACUGACUGCGCUAACUCACACUGUAUAAUCUGCCUUGAGUCUCAGAGAGAAAGGCAAACUACAGAUAACAUAAUUAAAUAAAUAAAAUCUUUUUACUGAUUUGCGGAAAGGAGUUGUGGAUUGGGGUAGAAAGGAACUGCUGUUCCCAUGCCUGCGUAAAAUACUACAGCUGUGUCUAAAAGUAUGGAGGGCGGGUGUGUGUGUGGGGUGGGGGUGGGGGUAAAGAUGCUUUUGAAUAACUGAAUCUUGUGGCUUGUAAAAGACUAACACGAUUGUCUUUUAGCGUAAGCUUUCCCAGACCAGAUGUGUAUGACUCUAACAAAGCAGACUGUAGCCCAAGACAGAAGGGAGGAACCAUGGCUCAGUGGUAGAGCAUCUGCCUGGUAUGCAGGCAGGAGGUUGUGGGUUCAAGUCCAGACAUCUCCAGUUAAAGGCAGUGUUUUGAAAAGCCUCUUUACCCUAGAUCCUGGAGAGCUAUUGCCAGUACACAAUACUGACCUCGAUGGACUAAGGGUCUAAUUCAGACUUGUGUAGACAAUAUUAACCUUGAUUGAGGGUUGCUUCAGUUUAAGACAUGUUUCAUGUGACAGCUGAUAGUAGAAUAAAGGCCUGUUCAUUUGU